CGAGGCCCAGUCGCCAUGAGCGGCCUGCGAGGCUCCCUGGGGCCGGCCCGGCCGGGCUGGGUGUGGGGGGCGGCGGCGCUGCUGGCGCUGGGCGCCCUGCUCGGAGCCUGGCGCUGGGCCGGGCGGCGCCGCCGCCGCCGCUUGCAGCGGGUCGGGACGGUGCUGAGGCUCUUCGUGUACCCGGUGAAGUCGUGCAAGGGGGUGUCGGUGCGGCGGGCGCAGGUGACGCCCAUGGGGCUGCGCAGCGGGGACAUGCGGGACAGGUUCUGGAUGGUGAUCACGGAGGAUGGGCACAUGGUCACGGCUCGCCAGGAGCCGCGGCUCGUCCUCGUUUCUGUCGGCUGUGACAACGGGCACUUGACCUUCGAGGCCCCAGACAUGGAGAAGCUGUGCUUGCCUGUGAAUGUCCCCAGGAAAAACUCCGUCCACAACUGCAGGGUGUUUGGACAGGAUAUCCAAGGCAGGGACUGUGGUGAUGAAGUGGCUCAGUGGAUCACCACUUUCCUGAAAUCCCAGCCCUAUCGACUGGUGCACUUUGAGCCCUCCAUGGUGCCAAGAAAGUCAAAGAAUACAAUAAACCUUUUCCGAAGCACUGAUGAGGUUGCCUAUCCUGACUGCAGCCCAGUCUUGCUCCUCUCUGAAGCUUCAAUGGAUGAUUUAAAUACAAGGCUGGAAAAGAAAGCUAAGAUACAGAACUUCAGGCCAAAUAUUCUUGUGGCAGACUGCAGUGCUUUUGAGGAGGACACCUGGGAGGAUAUUCUUAUUGGUGAUGUGGAGAUGAAAGGGACCGUGUGUUGUGGCAGGUGUAUUUUAACAACUGUUAACCCAGACACUGGAGUCUUGGACAGGAAGGAGCCUUUGGACACAUUGAAAAGUUACCGCCUUUGUGAUCCAUCCGAGCGACACAUCUACAAAACCAGCCCUCUCUUUGGGAAAUACUUUGCUGUUGACAAAACUGGAACGAUUCAAGUUGGAGACCCUGUGUACAAGAUGGUCUGGGAAUGAAAGAGACUUUGAUCAGCAGAUGCUUUUUCACCUUCGUACACAAAUCGUUUUCCCGUGAACACAUCAUCAUAACCUUUUCUUAUUCCUUGCAAUAUUUUUUGUGCCAUGUCCCUUUGUAAGGAGUAGGGGGGUCUAUGAGGCUAUGAAAUGCCAGUCAUUUCAGAUCAUGUAAUCUACUAACAUUCCUGUACCAACCACAUCUUUAGUUUUUCUGGAGGCUGUGAGAGAAGAAACUGAUCCAAGACAGACUUCACAGCACUACUGUGAGCAUCACACCUCCUAAAAUUUCAUGUCAACCUUAAUAUCGGAAUCUGAAAUUAUGGACAAGGGUUUGCAUCAUGUAUUAGAUACAUUUAGUGCCUAUAAAGAACCACAAAAACAGUCAUGCCAAGCACAAAGUAUGUUGGUCACAGAGCUGCCUUUACAAGUGAAUAUGGAGUGGAAAUGGCAGAACUCUGUCUUGGAUUCCACCCUUCUUUGGUCCUAAUCAUCUUACCCAUC